AUGGCGCCUCUUGAGUCAAGCGCUACGGCGCAAAGCAACAGGCUACCUUACGUGCUCUUUGCCGGCCAGACGGUGCUGGUUGCUGUCCUCACAACAAAUGUGCUCCUCAAAGCUCGCCACGCGGCGCGCGCACUCCCUCCAGCGGCUACAACGCGCGCUCAAGUAGAAGCUCGACGUCGCCAUGCGCUGAUCUUUUCUGUCCUCGCAUUCGUUUCGCUGACUUCUGUCACCACCUUUGCUGUCCUAUGGCGCGCUCUGUCGUACCUGGACUGGGCUCAUAUCGGCGGUCACGAAACACCGGGCACCAUCUGGCACGGCUGGUACGGGACCGGAGAGGAAGGAGUGGGCAGAUGGAGAUUGGGCGACUGGCUGAGCGACACGGAUCUCGUUCGUGCCUCUGACGAAGUGGCAGUCGCAAAGCCUGAGGCCUUCGUCUACACGACCCAGCACUUCGUAGCACUCAUUGCCAAUGCCAUAUUCAUGGGCGUGGAAGGCCGCAGACGAAACCUCUCAGCCUCUACCAUUGCGUCAUUUGUCAUUUUGAGCGCAACCGGCAGCUUGGCAUAUGCUCUGAACCUUUUCUUUACCAUCAUGUUGUAUACUCCUCUGGCCGAGCACAGCGAGGAUAGCCCGCGCCGCGAUGCUCUGUUUACGCCCAAACCUGCCGUUUUCUACAUACCGGUGUGGAUAUCCAUCUUCGCCCUGCACACAUUGCCUGGCCAGUUGAAAGACAACAAAGACAUUAUCCUCCUGCGCUGGGGCUAUGUGUUAGUGCCUUUGUUCCUUGCAUUUGCGCCGCAGAUUGUUUCCAAACGAUGGGGCGACCACUACAAGUCGAAAGCUGCGGCACACCGCUCAUACGCCCGGAUUUUCCAUCGCUUGUCUAUUGCUGCCCUCAUCCUGCAUUGGAAGGUCUUCGGUUUUGCGCUCCUUGCUAGCACUCCCUUGACCGAGACCUCAGUCUACGACAGACUGAAGCACAGACUAGAGGAGGCAGCCGGCAGAGGUAGAUCAACUCCAAAUCGACUGCAUGAAGGCCUCAGCAACUUAGCACAGAAGCUCAAGCCCGUCAGUAUACAUCCAGCUGUCACUGUAACUACCUCAGACGUGUUCUUUGCCUCCAUCAGCUUGCUCGUUUGGGCUUUCGUUCGAGAUCUGGACGUCGUAGCCAUGCUACACAAUAGCGUAUUGUCGUUCCUUGUAUCACACGAGGACGAGCAGCCCGUAGCAUUCAACGACACAGCCAAGGAGAGAGCUUUUCUCGCGGCGGGUUCCGAACAGCUGGAAGACCCUACGGGGGUCGCCCGAGGAAGGGCACCCCUCACCGACGGCACCGCAUCCUCCUCGAAAGCUUCUUAUUCGAGUGAUCCGAAUGCACUCAAGAGGCCCACAAGGAGAGGUCUCCGAAGUGGUGACUUCUCGGACCAAGACGCGGACGAUGUCUACGAACCGAGUGCGGCUGCGAAGCGAGACCUCGAUCAGACGGAAACGGACGGAGAGCACAUCACUGAUGACAUCGUCGGGCCUGCCGAGUCAACUGCGCUAGCACUUUUCCUAGGCUUCCUUGGUGGACUGGGUCAAGUGUCUGCGAGCGUGUUAGGGGCAGAGGUGACGGACAAGUAA